CAUCUCAUUGGAGAUGAAUGUGUAACAUAAUCAGUGGUAUCAUCAUCAGCAAUCAGCCAAAAUCAAACAAGUUCUAUAUAACUUCAACCAACUUCAUUAAAAAAUUUGCAUCAAGACGUGCAGAAGAGGGCUAAAAGCCUAAAACCUAUAUUUCUCCUAGCCCAUUUUGAAAACGAAUUCAUCCGGCUGUGUUGUCUUAUCCUGCCUACUCAUUCAUAAUGUCCGACACGUUGAUGUUUGCAUUUUGCCUGUUCGACACUGGAGCAUUAUUAUUUCUGCUCGUAUACUACAUUAUCACUUUAUCUGACUUGGAGUGUGACUAUCUCAAUGCACAGCAGUGCUGCUCAAACCUAAAUAUUUGGAUUUUCCCAAGAAUCAUUGCCCAUCUUAUUACCAUCAUACUGCUGUCCUUCACUGGGCAUUGGUGGAUUGUUCUCACUUCACUUCCUGUAUCUCUCUGGCUAAUUUAUGAGUGUGUUUCUGUACCAAGAGGUAAUAUGGGUGUAUAUGAUCCUACAGAAAUUUAUAACAGAGGACAGCUAAAAAAACACAUGAGGGAUUGCAUGAUAGGUUUGGGAUAUUACCUUAUUAUGUUUUUUGUCUAUUUGUAUUGCAUGAUUCUUUCCAUGCUGGCUGGUGACCCAAGACACAAGGAAGACCCAUCAAUGAUAAAUGAUCUCAACCCAUGAGUUGCUUUGUUUCCUUUUUUCUGACAUAGCUAGUCAUUUGGUGGGCUUACUAAACAUUUUGUAAAAUGCUCAUAAUACUUCUUUUUUAAAACAAAUAGUUUGGGUGUAAACCUGAACUUCCAUGGCUGAUUGAAAUAAAUGUAACAAGGUAGCGAUAAUGACAUUUAUUUGAUGAUCUGUCGCUACCUUAAUCAAUUCAAUUUAAUACUCAGAGCCACCCUGCAUUUGGAAAUCAUGAAGAGCUGGAAUAUGAGAAAUUCUUGUUUCCAGUACACUUCCACGGACCAUUUGAGUCAGGAUGUUAUGAAUUACUUCUUUAUUGUGAACUGUUUGCAUCUCCGUCUUCACAUGAAAUAAAAAAUAAUGAUUGUAUGCAA